UCCCCCAACGAACCACCACCAGUUAUUUUCCACUCUUCACUCUACUCACCCCCACUCUUCGGCUCUUUAUACCCAUCGCCGGAAAACUCGUACCCCACCGAAAUGAUGCGUUUCCGGCUCUCUCUUCUCCCUCUCCUCGUCCUCCUCUGCUCACCUUACUCCGCCGCCGCCGCCGCCACCGCACGGAAACACACUUCACAGCACAACCCAGCAUCAACUCUCGUCCGUUCAUCAUGUCGCCACGCCACCUACCCCAAAAUCUGCCUCCGCACACUCUCCGACUACGCGGGCCCCGCCAAGACCCCCCGCGACCUCGCCCAGGCGUCCGUGAGUGUCAGCCUUGCCCGCGCCCGCCGCGUCUCCGGCUUCCUCGCCCAACUCUCCGCCAACUUCCUGGGGACGAAGAGGCAGCGCUCGGCGAUAGGCGACUGCGUGGACCUGAUGUCGUCGUCGGUGGACGAGCUGAGCGAGACGCUAGGCGAGCUGCAGCACCUCCGGGAGGAGACGUUUCGGUUCCAGAUGAGCAACGCCCAGACGUGGCUCAGCGCCGCUCUCACGGACGACGACACGUGUCUCGACGGGAUUCAGGAGGCGGAUGUGAAGGCCAAGGCCGCGGAUGUGAAGCGGAAGAUUAAGAAUGCGGCUAGGGUUACGAGCAACGCGCUUUACCUGAUCAAUCGCCUUGACGAGAUCCGCGGACGGCCCAGAUCUAGACCUUGAUGAAGAUCGGGAUGAUGGACGGCUGUGAUUCUGUCAGUAUAGGUCUCAGUGUCAGUCCAUGCCGGUGAUGGCGUCGUACUUUCUUUUUAGUGUCUAUCUUUUCGGGUUUUUUUUUUGUAAAAUCUUUGUUCAAGUUGUUAACGAGUAUAGUAAUGAUGCUUACAUAUGUAAUAUAAAAUCUUUUAUUA